CGGCUGAAGGUGAUGAUCGUAUCAGCUUCACGUGGCUGUUGCCGGGACAACGCCUGGUGGUGGGUGAGAGUGUCCUGAUAAGAAGCGUGACACGUACAGUUGUGAAGUGGGUUUAACUUGAAGCCAGAAAACCUCAGGUGGACAAGAGUAACUCCAUCUGUGUUGAGGAGGAGGAGGCUUUGAACCACAAUGUGGAGCCUUAAGCCUCAAGCUGGCCUCUAAAAUAUGACCAAAGCUCAAUGGAGUUUGGCGGGAAGACGUUUUAAAAUGAGCAGAACCAGUUUUUUACAGAAAAAAAAAAAAUCUCACAAGUUAAAUCUUAGUUCAAAACCCCAUCAACAUUUGUGCUGCUUUCAUCAACACCGCUCUGCUGACGCCCUGGCGCUGUACGACCCCGAGCUGUGUUACAUCCUGGACGGGUUCCUCGGCCUCUACGGCCUCAUCAUCACCGGCAUGUUCAUCAAGGAGAAGUUCUUCAGAGGAGCCGUUAAGCCGUCGGAGGAGAGCCUCUACAGCGAUCUGAGAGGUCAGGACUCUGGAGCUUACGCUCCGCUGGUGAGAGACGCCGAGAAAGGAAGGAACCGGAAGAAGGAUGAAAGCACGUAUGCGGGCCUGAACCCGCGGCCGGACGGAGAAUACAAGGAACUCCGCUACAAAACAGACCGUCAGAGGAACAAGAACAACGACCAGGUCUAUCAGGGUCUGAGCUCAGCCACCAGAGACACCUACGACGCCCUGCAGAUGCAGCCGCUCCCCAGUCGCUAACCGGAUGCUAACCAGAUGCUAACCAGAUGCUAACCGGACGCUAACCGGACGCUAACCGGACGCUUGGUCUGAACGUCUGGUUCUUUUAACAUUUGAAGGUUUCUUGAGUUUAGAGUAAAUUGAGAAAAGGAUCGAGGAUCAGAAACCAGUUCUCUGAUAAGAUUCAAGACGUUUGUAGUUUUUCUGUGACCGUAGAUUUAAAGGAUUCGCUCUUAGUUUAGUUUUCGCUUCGCGUCCUCCCCGGACUGACCUCUGACCUCUGACCUGAGAAUUUGUUCUGUGACGACAUCGUUUCUCUUUCACGUCACAGAUUUUGUGUCUUUUAUUCUUUUCAUCGUGGUUUUGUUUCUAUUAUUUUUUUUAAAGAUUUUAACAUAUUCACAAAUAAAAAUGAAUUAUUGAAACAA